AUGGCAUCCCCUCAACCGUCUCAAGGGAACGACACCCCGAAAGACACUGCUAGCCAUGACAUCUUGGUGUUUAACCGAGAGACAAUGCGAUUUGACAAAGUAAAGGUCACACAAACAGGAGUCACUCGAGACUCUGUUGACAACGUAGACGCACCAGAACCGGGGACAUCGAAACCAAUCGAUAAGGGCCCCGUUGGAGAUGACACGCAACCGCCAGAGACAUCCAAGGAUGAGGCGAUUGAAGGACUGCAGAGAGAAAUCGAUGCUCGAUUAGAGACGAUAUGGGAGAUUUACGGAGUUGAUCGUCUGGAUAGACAGAUCGCCCUCCGUAACAAGGCCAUUGACAUAGUGGAACAGGAGAUUACACGCAUAGGAAAUGCGAGUACCGAAGGAUGGGGAAUUGAUAAGUACAUAUCAGUAGUGGUUAAGACUGCGUCCCGUAUGGCUGAGAAAUAUGCGGAUAGACCGCGAUAUCAUUAUAUCAGUUCGAUGGGCAUACCCAUAAGCCCAAUAACCGAAAUGACCAAUAUACUGGAGAUGCCAGUAUCAUCACCACGCAUCCGACCACCCGAUAAUGCGGUGUACAAGUUACCGUCGGUAGCAGACAUUAGUGCUGUAGAUAGGGGGCAAGAGGCAAGCCUAUCGAUGAAUGACCAGCAAGCACAGUUUGCAGGGUUCCCUAACGUCACUCGCAGAUCUGACGCAAGAGUGGCAAGAGCCGUAAGUUGGAAGGAUCGCGUGGCCUACCAGACCAUGCGCAACGCGUCCUUAAGGGAAUCCGGAACCUCAAACAUUGAUGACCAAGGCAUUGAAUUCGAUGGUCAUCGACCACGAGAAGCGGUGCGAGCGACGUCGCCAUUACCAAAACAGGAAUAUGUAGAGGAUAUGGCAAGUCUGAAUUUAUUAGACGCACCAUAUGGAUCAGUGCGCUCGAAAAGGACAAUCGAGCGUGAAGAUAAAUAUGCACGCAGUGGCACUAUACCGCCACAAUUUACUAAUUAUGGUGAAUCAAGGCGUACACCACGAGGUUAUUCUAUGCCAAGGGCGGUAGCCACACGCGUUAAGCCAGGAAUAUCCGAGGCCAAUGAGGCCCAUAAAUCGGAUAUGCAGGACCGAUUAUCUAGGUUGAUACAUGAAUUACUGGGUACCAGAAUCGAGUUCCCAGAAGGUUUCAAGUAUAACACAAAGAUGGAAAGUGACAAGAGUACACGAUACUCGGGGUCACCUAAGUUUUCUGACUUAGAAAACUGGCUGUCGGACCUGUGUACAAAAAUGGCAGUCAGACAGCUUGGGGGACCAAAAAACGAGCAGAUACGUAGAAUGAUACUACCCGAAUACUUGGAUGGAGAAGCCAAGUUCUUCUAUAACCAUCACGUUGCUAAUAUAAACCGUCAAAAAAGGAGCUGGACUUUUGAAGAGGUGAUACUUGCCCUGUACGAGCGUUUUGUGCACCCAACAUCAAUGCAAGAUGCACGCGAAGCAUUCCGUACGGCGAUGUUUAACCCUGACAAAGGAGUUCAGGCAUUUUAUGAUACAAUUCUGGAGCAUGCGCAGAACAUGUACGAGUAUCCAGAUCAAUACUCUAUACUUGAAGUGUUCUUAUCGGGGAUUCCUCGAGCCAUGCGAUCUCACUUGAUUAGGAAUGACGGACUAUCGCCUGAGAUAAACUCAGUCGAUGAGUUCGUAGGGUUAGCAAAGUUAUAUGAAGAAUGUCAGAAAACUGAUGCAUAUUACCAACGCCACGGCCGCGAGGCAAGCGGGGCGACUAAUCCAUUAAAAGCGCAACAUAUUGAUACAAAACCGUUAAGGAUACGUUCGCGUGGAAAGCUUAUGGUAUUGCGAUCUCAACUGAUAGAUCCUAACAAAGGCAAUAACAAGCCUGAAGAGUCCAAUGCUGUAAAGAUUGUACAUAAGACGCAAGCAACCACUGCAAAUCCAGUCGGUGCCAACAAGCCGAAAGGAAAUAACGUUGGCCGAACAAUUCAGUGUUAUAACUGUGGUAAGACUGGCCACUUCGCUAAAGAAUGCGUUGAGCCACGCAAAGAUCGAGUACAAUUAAGAGCAGCACGCACAGUUGCUCCUGAUGACAUUGAUGAAACAAUGUCCAACAUGGGGGACGACGAAGCGGAUCCGGAGGAUAUUGGGCCUGCUGACGAAGAUCAAUACACCGAAGUCGAGGUAGUCGACAGCGAUUGGUACGAAUCGGAAUCACGUAUUGAAAGUGACCAAUGCCGCGCUAUGAGCGUGAUGAGCCCAGAUGUUGCAAACACCAAUAACUUUGUUGAAUGCGAAAGUAGCUCAGAUAACGAAUUUGUGGACGUAUUGGUACCCCUGGAACCAAAAAUACAUGAUAUGACCAAUGAUGGUACUCAUGCAAUGACGGAGAUACCUGAAGCACAAGCUAGAAGUGAUGAGGACAAAAUUAAGAUGCGAAAGGUCAGAUUACGCACUUCAAAAAAGGAGCGCAUGAGGCCAGUUCUUAAGCCGGAGGAUAAGGAGUGUUUGGUUACAUAUGUAAACGUAGCGGGGAUGGAUGCGUGGACGCUAUGGGACUCGGGGAGUACAACCUCGGGAUUAACCCCAGCUUUUGCGCAGAUUGCUGACAUAUCGGUCGAUACUCUAAUUGACCCGCACAUCCUACAACUGGGAACGACGGGAAGCCGGUCAUCCAUUAAAUAUGGAACGGAUACACAAGUUAACGUGGGUAACUUAUCAACAACCACGUACCUCGACAUUAUAAACAUCGAUCGGUAUGAUAUGAUCAUCGGGACACCGUUUAUGCGCAAGCAUAAAGUGAUGCUGGACUUCGAUAAGUCAGUGGUACACAUUAACGGAGUAUCCAUACCCGCCAUUCGUGUACCAAGGGACACUGAUGGACGGUUACGCCGUCAACGUGUAACUGAGAAGCAUGCCGAUACCUGA